AUGAGAGUAUUUGGUGCGAAAGGUUACGCUCACUUUGCAAAACCAAAACGUCUAAAGUUGGACAAGAAGGCGUUUCAAUGCAUGUUUCUGGGCUACUCGCAUGAAGUGAAGGGAUAUUGUGUCUGGAAUUUUGAUUCAAAUAGACUGGAGCUCACGCGAUCAGUGACUUUACAAGAGUUACCAAAGUCCAAGUAUGUGCAAGUGAUUGCGAAUGUACCUGCUACUACACGUGCGAGUUUCGACGAUGAUGAUGAUGCUGGAGUUGUGCAAUUACCAUCUACGUCAACCCAUAGUGAAGUGGAACUGAUGAUUGUAGACCAUACUGGAACUUACUAA